GCCUUCCUGCACCUCAAAGAAAAGAGCUUUUAUUCUUCUUCCAUGGGGACUUGCGCCUAAGCUUUCCCAUUUCUUUAGUUCUUCAAAGUAAUUUCCUGGAAUUCAACUCUCUUGUGGAUUGAAUAGUUUAAGAUAAACAUAUCCUGUUGAAAACACUAGUGUUUCUCAAACAACGAUGCUCGGUUCAAGUUCAAAGAGCCGGAGAGGGCCAACGAUUCAUGUUGAUUAUCUAAUCCACAUUCAAGAGAUUAAACCUUGGCCCCCAUCACAGUCUCUGAGAUCGGUUCGUUCCGUACUGAUUCAGUGGGAGAAUGGUGAACGUAAUUCGGGGUCUACCAACACUGUUUCGCCCACACCUGGUUCUGUUGCUGUUGAGGGUAAAAUCGAGUUUAAUGAGUCAUUUAAGUUACCUGUGAAUCUAGUGAAGGACGUGUCUGUUAAAGGCAAGGAUGUUGAUGUUUUCAUGAAGAAUGUCUUAGAAUUGAACUUAUAUGAGCCGCGAAGGGAAAAGAUUCAGUUGUUAGGUACUGCCAUUGUGGAUUUGGCGGAAUGUGGUAUUAUUAAGGAAACAUUAGACAUUUUGGUUCCUAUGACCAGCAAGAGGAGCAUUAUUAACACCGCUCAGCCAAUUUUAUUUCUUAAAAUUGAUCGAGUUUAUAAGGUUCGAAACAACGCUUCAUCAAGAGGCAACCUGUCUCAAGAGCACUUGUUGGACAGGAAAGGAAGCGAGACUGUUUCGGCUCUGAUGGAUGAAGAGUAUGCCGAGGAAGCUGAGGUUGCUUCAUUCACCGACGACGAUGUCUCCUCACACUCGUCUCUCACUGUUUGUUCUUCAACUUUGGAAUCUAAUGGGGGUUCACUUCCUCAAAUUGAAGAGAAUGGAUCAGUCAGUCCAAUUGAUUGCAAGGGAGAAGCCGUAGAGGAACAUGCCCUAGCUUCACAAUCGGACCUGGAAAGAACAAAUGCGGGGACACAGAUCACACAAUGUGAAGUUCGUGAACACUCCAAAGUGACUUCAUUUGAGAGCUCAGUAGAUGCUUGUGCUACUGCAUCCAAGUCUUAUAGUACCACUUCACCUGUAGAAGAUAAUGUAAUUAGCAACAAAAUUCAUUUGUCUUCAUCAUCCUUGGCUAAUGGAAAUACACAAGAUGCAACCGAGACCAGCAUGAAAAGAUAUGAUCAUGAAGAUUUAUCUCAGAAUGCUCAUGAAAUGGUUGCCAAUAAAGGAACCACAGUUACGUAUGAUGUUCAAAGUAAGGAAGGUACAUCUGAUAGUUCUAAGGCCAAAAUGGAAGACUCAGCUAACAGCCCUCAGGUUGAUAAGCAGGAAUCUGGACCUUUUAGUGAUUCUCUGGAUGACAGAGAAGAUGAUAGGAAAGUUCUAACAAAUGAAAAAAUUUCCUCAAAGGAGGCUACAGAUGCUGCUGAUGAAUAUGAAUGGCAAGAAAAUGGACAUGAAGGUCCAUACAUGGAAGCGAAAAGGUCAUCUACUGAAGAUGAACAAUUGAAUAUUCAUUCCCAAGAAAACCAUUUAAGCCAAGUGAAUCUUGGAACGAAGUCCAAUGCCCUAAAAAGUGAUAGACUAAAGCAUGUGAAGUCUGUUCGAUCUUCAGUGGACUCAGUUAGGAGCAAUGGGUUGUUUAGCAAUAACCAUCUCCCAGAAUUGCAGGAAGCUUGUGUUCUUGGGGAUAGACAGCACGGUCCUGGAACCUUAAUAAACAAAUCAAGCAAUGAAAGUAAUGACGCUAAGGUAUACCCGAAGGAUACUAGAAGUGCCCUGUUGGAUAAGAAAAUACUGCAACUUGAAAACAAGAUAAUGACGCUUGAGGGAGAGUUGAGGGAUGCUGCUGCCAUUGAGGCUGCUCUUUUCUCAGUAGUUGCUGAGCAUGGGAGCUCCAGGAAUAAGGUGCAUGCUCCUGCUCGGCGCCUUUCCAGGCUGUAUCUUCAUGUUUGUAAGGAAGGCAUCCAAUCAAGGAGAGCAAGUGCAGCUAGAAGUGCUGUUUCUGGGCUCGCUCUUGUUGCAAAAGCAUGUGGAAAUGAUGUUCCAAAGUUGACGUUUUGGUUGUCGAACUCUGUUGUGUUACGAGUAAUUAUAAGUGAAACUAUUGGAGAUUUGGAUUCACAACUUUCUGCUGGACCCAUGGAAAGAAAUGGAGGUGGAAAGGAGAAAAAACAUGCAUCAUCUCCGUUGAAAUGGAAAGAAUCCUCUUCUGGAAGAAAGGAGAGUAAACUUAUGUCAUAUGGAAGUUUCAGUGACUGGGAGAGCCCAGUUGCCUUUACUUCAGCCCUGGUAAAGGUUGAAGCAUGGAUCUUUUCCAGAAUCAUCGAGUCUGUCUGGUGGCAGACUCUCACUCCACAUAUGCAAUCAGCAGCUAGAGUCGAAAUUGAUAGGGGAAUGGGCACUGCCUCAGGUAAAAACUUUGGGAGGGUGUCUAGCACAAGUAAUCAAGACCAAAUGAACUUCUCGUUAGAUCAUUGGAAGAGUGCUUUCAGGGAUGCCUGUGAAAGACUUUGCCCGGUUCGAGCUGCGGGGCAUGAAUGUGGCUGCUUGCAUUUGCUGUCUAGAUUGAUAAUGGAGCAAUGCGUCUCUAGACUAGACGUGGCUAUGUUCAAUGCUGUUCUUCGUGAUUCUGGCGAUGAGAUCCCUACUGAUCCUGUGUCUGACCCCAUUAGUGAUCUUCUAGUCCUUCCGAUACCAGCUGGGGAAGCAAGUUUUGGUGCUGGUGCACAAUUGAAAAAUGCUAUUGGAAACUGGUCUCGGUGGUUGACAGACCUCUUUGGUAUCGAUGAUGAGAACGACCAGUAUGGCAGUAAUGACCGACAAGACACCUCUGUAAAGCCUUUCCAUCUCCUUAAUUCAUUGAGCGAUCUCAUGAUGCUUCCCAAGGACAUGCUUUUGAGUAGAUCUAUCAGGGAAGAGGUUUGUUCAACGUUUGGUCCAUCAUUGAUCAAAAGAGUUAUUGACUAUUUUGUCCCGGACGAGUUUUGCCCUGAUCCGGUUCCUAAUGUUGUGCUUGAAGCCCUUGAGGCUGAGGAUCCUGGCGAAGCCAGGGAAGGGUUUGUCACAAACUUCCCGUAUGCUGCAUCUCCUCCAGCUUAUUUGCCACCGUCAGCAUCAUCUGUCGCUAGCAUCAUCGGCGAAGUUGGAAGCCAAUCUCAGCUGAGAAGAAGUGGGUCGUCGGUCCUCAGAAAGUCAUACACAAGUGAUGACGAGCUCGAUGAAUUGAAUUCUCCCUUGGCUUCAAUCUUCAUUGAUGGUUUCCGAUCAUCAUCGGUUCAAUCAAAGCCUAACUGGAUAUCAAAGGGAAACUACCAAAAUGCUAUUAGGUAUGAACUCCUAAGAGAUGUAUGGAUGAAAUCCGAAUGAUUUGUACAUUUUAUUACGUCAAUGAAUGUAUAAAUGGUUGACAAUGAUUAUGUAGGUAACUUUUGGUUCCUUAUUAAUUGAAGUU